CUUCCGUAGUCACAUGAAUGGUUUGUUGUGGUUGUCGUUUCAUAUUUUUUUUCUCAUGUUAUAUAGCGUUAUUCCUGACAAGGUGUUAUCGUAGUUUUGUUCUUCGCACAAAAUAAGAUUCUUGAUAUUUGUGUCACAUUUAAAUUGCUUAAAUAGCAGUCCGAUUUCUCGAUUUUUCCGAUGAUUUAAAGGUAUAUCCACUGAUGCAGCCUGAAGUUGACAGAAAAACACGCUGUUAUAGAUGAGAUUUUUCCUUAUUUCACUCUGACUGACUGAGAGAGUGGUUGGUUUCCCAGCCUUGAUCAUGCUGCGAUGGAUACUUGGAGGUCGGGAAGCCCAGAGCUCAGUGGAGAAAAGCUCCGUGCUGUGCAUCGGAGAGGAACAGCCCAAAAACUGCUUCACUGAGCUGCAGGUGCUGAAAGGACAUUUUGACAUCGUUCGAUUUCUGGUGAAGAUUGAUGACUUCAGGUUUGCUUCAGCGGGGGACGAUGGUCUGGUUCUGGUCUGGAACAUCGAGACUGGAGAGAGGCUGCAGGAGCUGAGAGGCCACUCACAGCAAAUCACAGCCAUGGCCGUCUUCACCUGCACUACCGGCUUCACGUCGCUCAUCACCGCCUCCUCAGACCGAAGUCUCAGCUUGUGGGAUCCGGAUACGGGAAACAGAGUUCAGAUCGUUUCAGAUCUUCAGUCUUCUGUAAAGUGUUUGCUUGUGUUGGAGCGACUGUCCGUGUGGAUCUCCGGCGGGGAAGAGCUGUGCGUCUGGGACCAAAACUUCCAGCUGCUGUGUCACAGACAAAAGCGCAGCGACACAGGAAUCACCGCUCUUAUAGAGCUGCCGAAGAACUGCAUCGCAGCCGCUGUGGAUAAAGACAUAGUGAUCUACAGGUUGAUGGUCUCAGCUGACUCCUCUGUGACUCUGACUGAUAUUUCCCGUUGUACUGAUCACCAUGACCAGAUUCGAGCUCUGAUUAACGUCAACGAUCAGAUUUUUGCCAGCGGUUCCCAUGCGGGGGAGUUGAUCUUGUGGGAUUCGUCUGAUUUCAGUAACCUGGCCUAUGAGCACAUCCUGUGGGAGGAGUCACAGUCCAGCUGCCAGAGUGAAAUAAAGCUGGCUGCCCCCAAACCCAGCGAGAUGUCCAUCCAGCACCUGACCACCGAUGGGAGGCUCAUCCUGGCAGCUGUGGGCAGUGGGCUCUAUGUGUAUGAUGUUGUGACCAAAGCCGUGGUGGCAUACAGGAAGGCGGCACAUGACUCCAAUGUGCUGCAUACCAUGCUGCUGUCUGACAGUGAGCUGCUGUCGUGCUCUGAAGACGGCAGCGUGAGGAUGUGGGAGAUCCAAGAUUUACCUCUGGCUGCUGAACCGGCAUCUGCAGGGUUCUUUGGGAUGUGGUCUUUUGGACGGUCAAGCAAACAACCCGGACCUCAGGCGAAGAAGGUCCUGGAAAUUCCCAACCUGAAGACAUUGGAGCUGAUUGGAGAUCUGAUCGGACACUCUGGAGCGAUCCAGAUGUUCCUGAGCUUUAAGGAGAAAGGCUUGGUGACGUGCUCUACGGACCACCUGCUGAUUCUGUGGAAGGACGGGGAGAGACAGUCCCGUCUGCGCAGCCAGGCGCUCUUCCAGAAACUGGAGGAGAACGGAGGCCUUUGAUGUUUCACCCGCUGCCCGUAUUCAGGAGGGCGUAAAGAGUAUUGUUACUGAGAAAUCAGAAGACCCCACUCCACUAAUUAUUUUCUAUGUUUGGUAAAACGAACAAACAGAUUUAGUUUCACCUUUUCCAUCAGUGUUUGAUAUCUUUGAAACUAGUCCUAAAAAAUGUCCUUACUGUGAUUACCUGAAAUUUCACAUUUUCUUUUCAACUUAUGCCCAGUAUUAUGUGACAAAACUCCUACCAAUUAAAUUCAUGAUACGUUUUUUUUAUUUUUUAAGGCUUACACUGGUGCAGGCCGUACGGGCUGCAGCUAGAAAUCUCUCCUCCCAGUUCAUUUGUGGUUAAAGUGUUUUGGGAAGAAUCACAGACAGACGCCACAAUCCUCCUAAAUUGUUCUAAUUUAAUAAAUGCAACCAUUUGCCCCUAAAAGCUGCCAUAUAAACUGUGAUGUACUGUAAUUGUGAUAUUGCCCUUCUCUUUAUUUGUGAAAUAAAUAUUUUUUUUUUCAGCAUG